CAAGAAGCCUGCAACUAGGAGACUCUUACUGUUAACUGUCGCAUAUUCAGAGAUAAGAUUCAUUAUACAAAUAUUUUCGGGCAAGAACAUAACCGUCAAACAAUUCAAGGCACUUUGUCAGUGACCAUAUAUUUAAAUCACAAAAGACGCAUGGCUUAUGCAAAUUCACCAGUUAAAACGUCUCACUGAACAAAAUUCAAUUCAAUCAUGUUGUCUACCAUUACUAGACAUACCAGAACCAUAGUAAAGUCCAUUCAUUUUCAGCAUCUGCAUUGGUUAGCCAGCAAUUCAUUCUGCUUAAACAAGUUGCAUUGCAAUGCAUAUAGGCAUACAAGAGGCAUUAGCUUUCACACGACUAUCAACUACUUACAUUUGCGAUGGGACGAUGGCGAUCAAAGCAAGUAUCCUUUUAUAUUUCUACGUGACAAUUGUCAGUGUGAACAGUGUUUUCAUGUAACAGCGAUGCAAAGAACUUGCGAUGUUGUAGGAAACUUUUCUGUCGACAUAAAACCAGAGUCAACUUGGCUGAGCGAUGAUGGAGUUACAAUGGAAUGGGAGGAUGGACAUCGGAGUUCAUUUUCUUUCAAGUGGCUGAGGGAGAGGAUGUUCCCAAAAUCAGAGAAGGAGAUAGGAUCAAUGAGUGAUUGUGGCCUUAAACCAGUUACAUGGGGGAGCGAGCUUGCUGAAAAGAUCCCUAAGUACGAGUUCGUCAAAGUAAUGCAAGACAACCUUGUUUGCCUUGCAUGGUUGGAGUCCCUUGGAACAACAGGGUUAACGUUGUUACGGAAUAAUAGACAAAAGUCAUCGGAGGCAUUACUGCAAAUUAGCAGACGCCUGCAAUGCUCCUUUACUAAAACACAUUACGGGGAAAUUUUUACUCUGAAAAACAAGCCCGCGGCAAGCAAUGUUGCAUACACAGCAGACCGUCUUGCACUUCAUACUGAUGUUCUAUAUUACCAACAGCGACCUGGGAUACAACUGCUACACUGCAUUGAGCAGUGCAAAGGCGAGGGGGGAGAGAACUACAUGGUGGAUGGAUUCAAAGCUGCCGAGGAGCUUCGUCUUCAUGAGCCCGAAGCAUUCAAAUUGCUCUCCACCAUCAAGCUAACCUUUGGUGAUGUUGGGGCUGACAAACUGGGAAAAUUUUUCAAGAUGUCUGAGCGAACGAUAAUCAGCUUGGACAGCUUCGGGAUGGUGGAUGGCAUUGCAGAAAAUAACGCUGUUAAAGGCUCAAUCAUUCAUGCCCCUGCGGAGCAAGUGAAAAAGUUAUACGAGGCCCAUGACAAGUUAGUUAAGAUCUUUAACAAGCCAGAAAAUGUUGUGACUUACAAAAUGGAAGAAGGGGAUACCUUAGUGUUCAACAACAACAGAGUCUUGCAUGGAAGGGCAGGUUUUGCUGCUACGUCCCCCCGCCAUCUUCAAGGCUGCUACCUAUCUUGGGACGAUGUUUACUGUGCAAUCAGGGUGUUGAGAUUGGCAAUGGGGAAAAACGAAAUCUUCUAGCAUACCUUAAAACAUUCAGAAUAACAAAAAAAUCCUCCAGAUUUCUCAAGAACGUUCUUUUUUGCUUCUAUGUUUUGUCAAUUUGUGUUUGUUCUGUCGGCAAAAUGGCGAUCGCCACCUGGCCCCUUCGCUUUUGAAAGCUAUAGAAAACUUAUUGGCUCUGCCAAUUAAAGUUUAAGAAUAUCAAUUUUGAGUUAAUUCUACUCUUUCUUUCACUUAAAUAUCCAUAUAAAGUUCACAACAAUUACAAAAUUCACUCAAAGAACAACUAAACAUUAAUGCUUAAUUUGAUGACUUCUUUAAUGUCAUUCAGAGGGCAUGAUGAAAACUCGGUAAAAAGUCUUUGGUUAUUGAUUACCUAUAGGCUUCCCCCUUAACCGUUUUAUUUAAGACUCUAUGAAUAGGCUUUGCUGGCCCCUGACACAGAUCUACAAUUUUCAUAAAGAGUUUUAAUACAAAAUACAAAAUAUCUUGAAAGCUGCAUAAGACGACAAUUCUUUCUAUUUCUUCAUCUAGUUCUUUAUAGUUUUUAUCGUCUUCUUCUAGAUAUGAGGAUUUUUAGCAGCUUUUUACAAAGCUUUUGGGAUGGAAAUAAAAACCAGUGAAUUUAUUUUUCCGCAUUUUCUAAAACAAUUGUUUGAUUUUAUCUAAGCUUACUUUUUCCCCACUUACUACAUAAAUGUUCACACUGCGUUUAAUUGCCACUCCCAUUCGCAUACUGAGACGCCAAAAAUUACUCUAUCAUAACAAAGUUAGGUCAAUAUCACUACCGUAGUAAAGAUGCCACCACAUUUACCUACAUACGAAGCAGUACAAUCCCAUUUAUUAGUCAAUAUAAGUGAUCCUGGACCUAAAAUGCAUCCCUAUUUUACACCUGUUUUGCAUCUUCUCAAUAACCCCUUUUUUACUUCACUUUUUAAUACUUUUAUAACACAGUACACGAGUAUUUGAAUAGAUUGCUCUUCAGCAUUUUAUGCAUUGAACAUCUCCAGAAAUACCAUAUCAAAUAUUAAUUUCAUUUCGAAAAAUUUACAUGGCAUACAAUUUGGACGAUUUCAUUAGAAUAUAAUACAUGCCCAAAAUACAGAAGAAUUGCUUUUCCACAAGUGCUUUCAGUUUAAAGUAAUGUACGUAUGGUAAAAAAGGGUAAAAAAAGCAUCCCCCAGACUAGAUUUGAUAAAAUAUCAGAUCACUCAGGAUAAGAAAUUCAACGUUUCUCAGAAGAACACAGAUUAUUGUUUAUUGAGCGAAAUUGUGUAGGGGAAAAGCCAUGCUUAAACUCUAGUGCCAGACGUUGGGGAAAGUAGGGAUGAUGUUGCAUUGAUUGGUAGAAUUUUACUUCCUGAACAGAAAUGUGCGUCUUCCUUAUUUUGAGUGUUUUAAGUAGGCCAUAUUUUUUAUACAGCAAAAAUGAAUCCAUUCUAAUGAUACAGAAAGUGAUUUACUAAAUAAAAGCAAAUAAUAAACAAAUAAUAGAAAUAUACGUAAAUAAGUUGGUAAAUAGGUCAAAUAAAAUAUCAGUUUGCUUUCUUUUUAUUUCAUAUUCUGUUUUCAAAAAUAAAACGGUAAAAAACAGCUAAAAACAGAUAAAAACCACUCUGCUUACAAAAAUAACGGCUAUCAGCAUAAGUCAACUUGCACUUGACACCAUGGCUUAGUGGCUGAGUUUUGUUGCAAUAACACAGAAAAACGUAGUUUGGUUCAAACCCGGCUACCAGAGAUUUGUUUCCUUCAAAGAAAAUGAUGAUAAUUUAUCAAAAAAAUCAUUUUGCUCCAGAUUUUUUGGGGGUCCAGUCCCCCUCGUCCCCCCGGGAUUUACGGCCCUGUCCCUGGACAACGGCUAUCCAGAAGACGUCAUUCUAUCUUAUACUAAGGAGAAGAUCGCAAGUUUUUCGGCUGUUCAAAAGUUUGGUCCGCAAAAGUGCCCAGUUUCUUUGAAACUACCAUGGAUUGGUAACACUUCCUUGCGAUUCGAGAGUCAGAUUAGGCAAGCCAUAACCAAAUGUUUCUUUGCUGUCAAUCCUCGGAUUGUUUACAGUACUAGGAGAGCCCUUCCAUCCAUUGAAAAGGAUUGCGUUCCUACCAACCAAAAAAGUUCCGUCAUUUAUGAAUUUACGUGCCAGUGUGAUUCUGGCUACGUAGGACGCACAACCCAAAGAUUGGGGGAUAGGAUAAAACAGCAUGUUCCUUCCAACAUAAGAAACAAAACUGCCCCUCAAAGAGAACAGCCUCCUUGGACUUGUAGGUCUAGAAACACUGUUAAAACAAGUGAUUCUGCCAUCGGUCAACAUCUUUUAAACAACCCAGAUUGUGCAAAACUCUAUAAUGACGACAUUUUUCGGAUAAUUGGCAGAGCCCGGUCGUCCUUCCAUCUAGCAGUUUUGGAGUCGAUCUACAUACAAACGAAAAAGCCACCAGUAGACAGAAGGAGUUCGUUUUCUCUCUUUGACUCCAUUGGGAAUUUUUCUUUAGGCUCGCGGCACUGAUUGGUCAACCAUACCGGUCUUGUGCUUGCGUUUUUCUGAUUGGCCUAUUUCGAAAAUAUAUGGGUAUAUAUUUUCCAUCGUGUUCUUUCGGAACCUUAUUCUGACGUUUUAUGCUCUGAGGAGUGUCAGACGAAAAAGCUUUUAGUAUGUCGUAAAAUGUUUGCUUUUUUCAAAGCGUCGAUUCUAAAAGACUGAACACUCCAAGAACAGGCUGAACACCCCAAGAACACCCUAGGAACAAGCUAUUAAGCAGCUGAACACCCUUUAAAACAUACCAAAAUGGGCAUAUCAUUCGAAAAAUAAUUUGGUCAAUCAAUCAAAAUUAAUUUUGGGGCGGGAAAGGGCCUGAUAAGUCUAAUGCUGUUGGUGUUGUUACAACCAACUGAUGUUUUGCGCGCCAAAAGUGUGAACGGGUGUUUGUACACGCGGAGCAAAUUCGAGUUUGACUCCCUUUGUGCAUUCAAGCAAUUUCCCGUUGUUUUCAAAUCUUUCACAUCCAGUGACAAUGUCACUUGACUACCUAUUGUCCUCCAAAAAAUUGUUUUUCCCAUCCGCUAAUUUGCCCAAACUAUUAUGUGGUCACGGUAUGCUAG